GAGAUCCUUGUUCGUAGGAAGAAACCUAGACGCUAUGGAGCUGUCCACCCACAUCCGCCCAACCCCUCUUCAUUCAAAACUGCGCCGUAUUAAGAUUUCUUCAUCCGUCUUCAUUCUCGUUAUCUACUAAGUAACACCUCAUCUAUUCCCACAAAAUCUGAAAAUCUUGUCCAUAAAUCUACGAGAUUUUCAAAGGCAUGGCUAGCGACAACCUGGAACUACCUGGUCUCUCCGAACCCUUUGAAGAGAAUGAAACCACAACCCUUUGUGAGCUUUGCAAUGGCAUAAUUUCUCACCAUACAGGAAUUGGAAGUGAAAUUACGGUUACGCCAGAGUUCAAAUUGUCCGAGGAAGAAAUACCUACCAUGUUGUUGAUAUUGAACGGUGCACAAGGAGGCUGUCGUCUAUGCGCUGUGGUUUGGAGAGUAUUUAGGGAUGGGGGGACUUAUCAGAACUUCUGUUCAAACAACGAUACUAAUGCGUUGUCCUUGAAUGAUAUUGCAAAGCUUUUCGUUAUAAGCUAUUUGCAUCUUGAACGUUCGAAAGACAUUUCUCUAGGCCAUUACAAGCUGUCCUACAAAAUAACCUAUGAGAAGACAAAUUGGGGAGGUAGUGGCACCCUGGUGCUAGUUCUAGACACAUUCGAGGGUUCCCAAGACUUCCAUAAAGCGUCAGAGUCUCACACAGAUACCAAUUAUCUUUCUGAAGAGAGGUGGAGGAAAUUCUGUUAUUCGUCAAUCAGAAUGUGUCAAAGAACUCACGAAAUAUGCAAUUCUGCACCAAUAUCUGACAAGGCUUCGCGUUGCUUACCCACACGUCUCAUUGACGUCAAAGAAGAUCCUCCAAAGUUAAUCUUGUCAUCCAGCGCAGAACCUGCAAGUUCAUACGCGGUUCUAAGUCACUGCUGGGGCAGAGCACCGAUCCUUACUUUGACGACGAAGAAUUUGGAAGCUUUUCAACAAGGAUUGCCCAUUUCUCAGUUAAGUAAAACCUUUCGAGAUACCGUCGAUGUAGGAAAAAGACUAUUACGAGACUUCAAUGUAAGAUAUAUUUGGAUUGAUAGUCUAUGCAUCAUUCAGGAUUCUAAAUCAGAUUGGGAGAAUGAAGCACCAAAAAUGUCCCAGGUUUAUGGGAACGCCUUUUGCUGCAUCGCAGCCACUUCUGCCACCGAUGGAUCGAAGGGUCUUUUCUCCCCAAGGAACUCCAUGGUGGAAGAAGUAAUUCGUAUAAAUAUUAAUAGAUCAAGAUAUCCAUAUCUGCCAAGCCCAGUAAGCAUAACAAUCCUCAACAAGGACAAGUGGCUUCAGUUCAUUCGAGAGGCACCCUUAAACCAGCGUGGUUGGGUUGUGCAAGAAAGGGCUCUUACCAAAAGAGCAUUGCAGUUUUUUGAUGGUGAAGUAAUGUGGAAAUGUCAACAAAGAAUGGCAUCAGAGACAUUUUCUGCCAUAAAAUCUGGUUUAAAGAUACCCGAUGAUCGCCUUCUAUUUCCUCAGUCUCUUACAGCAAACUUCAAUUUCCGGGAAUUCUGGAAUCAACUCUUACGGAUGUAUAGCAAGACUAUCCUUACGUAUCCAGAUGAUAUACUCAUGGCAAUAGCUGGUGUGGCACGCCAAUUUGGGGAAUACCUACCGACCAACAACAAGGCAUAUCUCGCCGGAAUGUGGUCAUUCGAACUUGAGAGGCAAUUGGGAUGGCGAACAACCUCACCUGGCUCUAAAUUCGAUCUCGAUCGUCGAGGAUCCCCUAGCUCUAAUGUGGCGCCAUCUUGGAGUGUGAGCGCAAUUAGUUCCUUGAUUUCAUAAUUCCUGAUAGAAGUUUCUUUUCCUCUGCUUUGUUCUUCGAUUUCUCCUUGCAAAUAGCCCACAAACAUAAUCAUUCUUCCAGGUAUCUCCAUGGUAGGCAUUUGCUGACGCUCCUGUGGUCCAGUGGGCUUCAUCAACAGGCAGGUUAAUCUCGACUGCAUGGAAAACCAGCUCAUAUGAAGAUAGUGUUUCUUCUGUGCCCUGGUAUGACUGGACUCCGGCAGAAUACAAACGUCACAUGAUUACGGAUCUAAGUCAGGUUCAACCUCCUCAAUUCACCAUAAUCGAUGUCGGAACCACUCUUUCUACCAAAGACCCAUUCGGAUCCGUUACUUCGGGCUUUCUUCAACUUCGUGGUCAGUUGAAGGUUGGGCGUCACUCUUUUACAUUGUCUAGAGAUAAUCUAGCAACCUGGAAUAAUAAAAAUCUUCACUACAUCCAGGUACUCGGCAGAUCCUACCUGUCCCCGGUAGUUUUUGACCGUUUGCAGUCUGAUGACGAGCUAAGAGAGAUUAGAGAAGGGAUGUUGUUCGUUUUCCCCUUGCAUUUCAAAACUAUCCGGAAUUCCCGUGCUCUUAUUCUGAAGCCAAGCAGUGUUCGAAAAAGCUUAGUGAGGGUGGGCUGUCUAUUGCAGAUUCCAAACAUUAUUGACGUUGAUUCGGAGAGUGAUAAAUUGAUUGGGGAGGAAUUUUAUGAGGAAUACCAUGGGAAUGGAGAAUACACUAUACGUAUUAUAUGACAAUUGCUCUAUUAAAAGCUACCGUUCUCCAAAACCCCUUAGAUAAGCAAGGUCUGGUUGACUAGCAUCAGCUGCCUAGCUAAAAUAACAGAUGCUAAACUCUAUGAUGGAAGGUGGCUCUGAAUGGUUAUCUAUAUGGGCUAAAAGCACUGAGCACACCAAAGCUCAAUCCGAUACUACUCGCAUACUUGUCGGAUUUCUCUACAUUCAUAUAAUAACCAUGGACCAUAGAGCAUUGCACCUCAACCAAUUGACGCCAUCAUCAUAUUGACACUCAUGAAAAAGUUACAAAGGGCGAGUGAGAUAAUGCCGGGAUUGGACGUGGCCUAGCCCGUUUGCCAUUACACUAGAACCAACACCAACACGUUCCAAAUAGCAAAUGGUUGUUCUAUUCCGAUUGCUUGUGGCCAUGUCCGGCAUGAAAGAUGGUCUCCUAAAGAAAUCCUGGAAUCUCAUGAUUGCAAUUGCGCCACCAAAGGAAUCGUGUCUCCGAUCGCAAAGCCAGUCCAAUUAGAUCCUUCCACCUGUGCGUACUUUUUGCGUGUAUAGCAAGCCAUGGAUAGCAUUCGGUACGCUAUAUUCGGCUUUCUCGAGCCCAGAAUAUUUCAGAGCUGUAGAAAGACCCCUAAAUCGGAGAUCCAAGGUUACCAUCAUUUACCAUUGAGGCCUCCUAGCAAAGACCAACUGAAGAAGAUUGAUAGAGAUCCCGACUUCGGGUACCUAGGAAAUCUCAAUGGACUGCUCAAAGAUUCGCAACAGUGGUUGCACGCAGUGGUCGCAAUGGGUGGGUUUCGUGCUAAUUUUCCAAUACCCAUACCCAAGCCAUUAUUAAUGGGUAGCCAAUCAGAGGCCCCAAUACCCAGCCAUUAUGAGUAGCUCAAAGUCCCCGUUUACACUCAUGAUACCCAUGUUGAAUAUAAAAAUGGAAAACA